CACCACAACAGCACCACGCGAACAUGGCAGGUGUAGAAAAACUUAUUUGUUUACUCUUUUUAGUGACCGUUAAAGGGGACCCGGAUCCCCAGUUAGACUUACCACCCAUACCUCAAGUUUCGACGCAAAGGAAUUUUGGAUACGGACUAUUAUCUAGCACACCAAAUAACUUCCAAUACAGUACCCCUCGUCCUGUUUCGAGCACUCCUGGUGUAUACCCAGUGUCUUCCACCCCUUAUAAUACAGGGAUAAGUCCGGAUAUUAAUAAUAAUGGAUAUCCUAAUGUGGAUUACGGGAAUAGAAGGAAUCCAAGCUCAACUGGACGCCCUUAUGACAAUGAUGAUAGAAUAGACGUGAAUAAUGACCCAAAUUUUAGGAGGAACGAUCCUAACUUCGCCAGGAAUGACCCUAAUUAUCUUGGAGUGAAUCCUUACGAUAUAAGAGGGAACGGGAUAGAUGAUAGGUUAGAGAGAGUGAACAUUCAGCAAGUGAGGGAGUUUCUGGCUCAGGCGGAUGAGCAGGCUUCGAAGGAGUGUACUAACAAUGUGGCUGCCCAGUGGAACUUUGAGACUGAAGUUACUGAUGCUACGCAGCAUGCUGCGUUGGACGCCCAACAGCGCUACACACUCUUCCAGCGAGGUCUCUGGGAGACGGCCCAACAGAUUCCAAAAGGGGGUAUCAGAGAUUUCCCCACGUACAGACAGUUGAGACUGCUGUCCAUCAUAGGACCUGCGGCUUUGCCACCUGAUCAACUUGAUAGGUACAACCGCCUCAUCAACGACAUGCUGGCUGUCUACAACAACGCUGAAAUUUGCGCCUACAACGAGCCCUUCAAAUGCGGACUCCAUCUCCAACCAGAGCUCCAGCACAUCAUGUCUCACUCCAGAGACUGGGACGAGUUGCAACAUGUCUGGACCGAGUGGAGAAGGAACACUGGAAGAAGGAUUAGAGACCUUUAUGAGCAGUUGGUUGAGCUUACAAAUCAUGCUGCAAGACUUAACAAUUUCACGGAUGCCUCGGCUUACUGGAUGUUCCCCUACGAAUCCCAGAACAUGAGACAGGAAGUCGAUGAAGUUUGGGAACAGAUUAAGCCUCUCUACGAAGUCCUCCACGCCUACGUCCGCCGUCGUCUUCGAGAGGCCUACGGCCCCGAGCGAAUCUCCCGUUCGGCCCCCAUCCCAGCACACAUACUUGGAGACAUGUGGGGACAGAGCUGGGCUGGCAUCGUCCCUUUCACACUGCCGUACCCUGGAAAGAACCUGCUAGAUAUUUCAGCUGAGAUGAAUCAACAGGGCUACACCCCACUGACGAUGUUCCAACUGGCCGAAGAGUUCUUCGUCUCCAUGAACAUGUCCGCCAUGCCAGCAGACUUCUGGCCCCUGAGCGUGAUAGAACAGCCCCCAGACCGUCAUAUCCACUGCCAGCCCUCAGCCUGGGACUUCUGCAAUAGACAUGACUACCGCAUCAAAAUGUGCACCCACGUGGACAUGAAAGACUUAAUCACCGCCCACCACGAGAUGGCGCACAUCCAGUAUUUCCUGGCAUACAGGAACCAGCCCAAGGUGUUCAGGGACGGGGCUAACCCAGGUUUCCACGAGGCCAUAGGCGAAGCGAUCGCCCUCUCAGUCUCAUCCCCGCGCCACCUCCAAACCCUGGGCCUCGUACAACGUUCCGUGGCGGACACGGCACAUGACACCAACUACCUGUUCACGCAAGCGAUGGAUAAGCUCGCGUUCCUGCCGUUUGCGCUGUCCAUGGACAGAUGGCGCUGGGACGUGUUCACUGGCGACGUGAGGAAGGAGCAAUACAACUGUCACUGGUGGAGACUACGGGAACAGUACCAGGGCAUCAAGCCGCCAGUUCUCCGCUCCGAGCUGGACUUCGAUCCUGGCUCCAAGUACCACAUUCCUGCCAACAUACCAUACAUCAGAUACUUCGUCAGCACAGUGCUUCAGUUCCAGAUCCACCGAGCAUUAUGCGAGAGGACGGGACAGUUCAUCCCUGGAGACGAAACCAGGCCUCUUCACAAGUGUGACAUCUACAGGAACCCUGAAGCCGGAAGGAUUUUGACCCGACUGAUGGAACGCGGUUCCUCCGUACCCUGGACGCAAGUUCUGCAGGAAAGCAUCGGGGAGUCCCGGCUCAGCGGGGAGGCUCUUCGGGACUACUUCAGACCUCUGGAGGAGUGGCUGCGGAGCGAGAACCUUAGGACUGGGGAAUAUCUGGGCUGGAGUUAUGAUGGAGACUAUUGCAAGUUUAGCAUUGAAACUGCAGGACUGCAAGUAUACGGAGGCUUCUACAACGCUGCUAGCCGACACGACCUCACGCACUUCGCUGGAUUGCUCCUCAUAUCUUUCUUCACCACUGUUUUCAUUCGGUGGUGAUUUCGACGUUUCAACAAACAUGAUAGACUUUACUUCGAUUUCUUUAUUAUCCAUGUCUUCAUUUGUUUAUUACAACAAAAUAUAACACAAUUUACUCUUGUUUGAAUAAUUUGUUACUUUAUUUUUCAUUCGACCGACGGUGAGUCUAUAAUUAUAAUCUCAUCUUUGAGUAUAUUCAUUAUUACUUUGUUUUUCAUUGUUUUUAUUCAUAUUUUCGUGAUUUAUUAUUUAUUAUGUUAGUCAUACAUAAUGCAAUACCAAUGUGACAUUACAGUAAAUGCACUCUUUAUUGACAUUUUUCUUGUCAAAAUGUUUGUUGUCAUUUGUGUGUCAAAAAAAAUAUUACUGGAUGUAAUUAAUGGUAUACUCUACCCUGCGGCUUCCAGAUAAAAAAGAUCAAAUAAUUUUUGAUAUUAUUAAUUAGUAUUUUUUACGCUCUUUCAUUUUUUUUUUCUCUAAUAUAUUAUUAAUGGGCAUAGUAAUGACAUAAUUAUACAGUAUACCUAGUUAUAUCAGAUUAGGUAUAUCUGUGCAAGAUUAUAAUUUAAAGUAUUAAUAUAAUUCAGGGUUAAUAAUGUACAUAAUAGUAUGUAGUUCAGUUAUUUUGUAAAUAAUUUUAUAAUAUUACGAGAUUUAUUACAUCAUAGUUUAUUAUGU